AUGAAAGAAGAUUUCUAUAAGCCUAUUGAUCCGCGGCGAAUUUGGAUAUCUAAUCUUCCUCCAAAGUCAACGGAGUACGCCAUUUUGCAACUAGUCCGACCUUUUGGCAAAAUUUUGGAUUUUAAUUUCCCUGUCAACCACUGUAGUGGUCCUUUGCAGGGCUCAACAUUAGGAUACUGCUUUGUGACCUAUGACUCAGAUCAGUCUGCUCUAAAUGCAAUGAAGAGUUUGAAUCGUCGAGAAUUUGCUGGUUCGAUUUUAUCAGCUCAACGAGCUCGACCCACCAGAGAAAUUUUGGAUCAGUUGAGAUUAGAGCGUGAAGAAGCAAAACGUAUGCUUAUCGAAGAAGAACUGAAACGACGGGAAGCGGAAUUAGCUGAACGACUUGUUACUAAUGUAGCCCCCUCUUCUGCCAUCUUAAUUACCACAAAUUUAUCAUCUACAUCUAAAGAUGCUCGUGGGUCUUUAGAUGUCAAGCGUCCUGAACCUAAAUUCAAGGAAGAUCUCAAGUCAUCAUCGUCAUCAACUGUUGUUCCUGAUCUCUAUGGCCAACUUGGUUUAAUCUCGGCUAAACCGUGCGCUUCUCAAUUGCCUUCGCCACCAAAAAUGAGUCGUGCACAGAACAGACAAGCGGUGAGUCGAAUUGAAGCUGCUCUCGAAGCUACAUCAAAAAUGGAUAUUCAACCAGCAAUCUUCAGAACCAAUAAAGAUGCUCAAAAGCCUCAUCCCCUUGUGACUGCUUUACUUGGCAGAGGACCGAAAAGUCAGCAGCUGAAUGACAGAGAUCGCAAAGGUCGCCACGGUCGUGGCAGUAAUUACCACCAGCGCUCCCAUCCCUACACGAGACUCUGA